AUGCCAAAAAUAAGACUAUUACAGUUGGCUAUUGUGCUGCUACUGGCAGGUGACAUAGAGCUGAACCCUGGACCGCAACUAACGGGAUUAAACACAACAGAUCCGACUCAAAGCACUCUGAAUGCUAUCCAGGGAGUGAACAACACCUUUAACUUUGCCCACUCACCGGGCUGGUUUGGGUCCUCCCCCGCGGUGUGCUUUUCUUCCGGUGCCCGGGACGUUGCUGUGGCUGGGCUUGCUGACUCGGGGCCUGCGCCUGCGGUGCCUGUGUGUGGCUCCGGUGUGGACCCCAGUCCGGGCGUUCGUGGCAUGGCCGGGGCGCUGCGGCCAGCGCUGGACGAGGAUUCUGUGGGUUGUCCGGGGCUCGCGGCGGACGCAAGUGGCGGGGGAUCCUCCGGCGCUGUCGGGCGCGCUGCACCUAUGGCGGCCAAGUUGCCCCCGUGUGGUGAUGCGCGGCGGCUCCGCGGUGCGGGGGCUUGGUGCUUCGCUCGGCUAGCAGCGGGAGGGACAGAGGCGAUGCCCGGGGCGCUGCAGGUGCGGUAG